AUGAUUAAAUGCAAAUCCGAUAAUAUUCUCACUGAUAAAAAGAAGCGGAUACUGCAUGAUGAAAUGAUACCCGACGCGGUGCAGAUGCAUAAGGACCGCCUGCUGGUGCAACCGCUUAGAGACAACAUCCGUGUUGAACAUUUCACUGGAAAAAUCUGCUCUCAGUUUACGAUUCCCCAGUCCCAUCACACCACCGGUGUGCCGGAUGCCGACUUCGUGCUGUACGUUGCGGCGGGACCAACUGAACCUGGUACUAUCGCGUGGGCAACCAUGUGCCAGUCUGACCCCAGCGGCCGCCCCUUUGUAGGUGCUGCUAAUAUUGGGUCCGUAGACACUAUGAAUAUUCUUUAUUUUACACGUCUUUUGGCACACGAGAUACUGCAUGCGUUGGGAUUCUUGUUUGAUAUAUUUCAAAGGAGAAAUAUGAUCAAUGCUGUGUCUGUUCGCAAUAAGCCACCAAGUUAUGUUCUAUCUUCGCCAAAAGUGGUGGAAGUCGCGAGGGCUCAUUACGGGUGCAGUACUAUGCAGUACGUGGAGUUGGAAGACACGGGUGGUGCAGUGACUAUAGGUUCACACUGGAAGACACGCAAUGCAAAGGAUGACUUAAUGGCUCCUGCUUUAACUGCAGGUUUCUACACCGCCAUCACCAUUGCAGCGAUGGAGGACACGGGCUACUACAAAGGCAACUACCGCAAUGCUGAAAGCAUGGCAUGGGGUAAGAAUGCCGGGUGCGUGCUGUUUGAUAAAAAGUGCCUUAUUGACGGUGUGUCGCAGGUGCCGGAGAUGUUCUGUGACAGUAAAACUGAUUUAAUAAGUGAGCUUAAGUGCACAUCAGACCGGAUGGGUAUGGGAGACUGUUCAAUGGAGUAUUAUGAUAGUUUGCCACCAUAUUUCCAGUAUUUUCUCGAUACCACAAUGGGUGGCACUGAAAACUCAAUGGAUUACUGUCCAUAUAUAAAAGCAUAUGCACAUUCGUUGUGCUUAAAUGGGAAGCAAAGACUACUUCCUGGUUCUGUGUUUUCAGAGUCUUCGCGAUGCUUUUCAGCCGUCUCGAGCACUCCCCUCCAGAUAAGCGAUGGCAGAAAUAUGGUUUCUAUUUGUGCGGAUGUGCAAUGUGACAAGGACACCUCGAGCUACCGGGUGCGCGUGAAGGGUACCAGUAAAUUCGUGGACUGCCCACCCGGAAGUACCCUUGUGCUCUCGGAGUACAGUACAGUGUUCAAGUCUGGUGAAAUCGUGUGUGCGCUAUACGAGGAGGUGUGCCCUAAAUCCCUUUACCCCGACGAUGAGCACGACAUAACAGCGACGAAAACAACAGCACCACAUCCUGUACGAGUAAAGGCGCGUACUAGCUGGCUCACACGCUUGUUGCGGCCCUGGUUGCUAUGA